AGUUCGCCACCGGCGGGCGUCACGGUCGCCGUCGAGCAAUUUUUUUCUUCCUCGUCUCUUUCCGGAUGCCUCGCAAUAAGAGCAUAAUGACACAAGAUCCAUGUUUUUACGCCUGUGCCGAAUCGUUACCGUCGUUACUCGCCUUCGUCGUCGCCGUCGUCGAUUGUGUCGAUUAUGUCGCGUGUGCUCGCGAGAGUGCGAGGUAUUAUAAUGCGCGAGAGCGUCGCUAACUGAGCGGAGAGAAGAGCGAGGAAAAAAAAACAAGAGCAUGGCACGUCCCAAGCACAGAGUGAACGCAGACGUGUGCGCUGACUGCGGGGCACUCGAGCCGGGAUGGGCGUCAAUAAACAGAGCUAUUUUGCUAUGCGACGAUUGUUGCGGGAUCCAUCGCAGUCUGGGGCGUCACGUGUCGCAUAUUAAGUCGUUACACAAGAGUACUUGGAAUGCACAGCUAUUAAAUAUGGUGCAUACGUUGAAUGACAAUGGAGCCAACAGUAUUUGGGAACAUUCCCUGCUAGAUCCUAGCAAUUCGAAGAUUAGUAGGAGAAAACCGCAGGCUAAGGAUCCUCUACAUCCUAUAAAGGCAGAGUUUAUUAAGGCGAAGCAUCAACACUUGGCCUUUAUAUUACGACCGAGUAAGGAGGAAUAUUGUACCGAGGAGGAAGUCAGUAGACAGUUGCACAGUAGUGUUCGUACAAGUAAUUUAGAGACUUCGUUGAGGCUAUUGGCGCAAGGAGCCAACCCCAAUUACUUUUACAAGGAAAAAGGAACUACUCCUUUGCAUGUAGCAGCUCGCGCUGGACAAGUUCUUCAGGUGGAACUUUUGAUAGCCAAUGGCGCAAAUCCAAGCAUAAUAGAUUUAAACGGACAAACAGCCGCUGAUAUCGCCAAAAUGGCAGGACACAUAGAUUUGUCCGAACGCAUAAUUGAAUAUAUGUACGACGUGACAGAUAGAUUGACGUAUCAUGUGUGCUCCCGUAAGCCGAGCCAUCGAGGUGAUGAACAUCUCAUCAUCUCCGAUUUGGCUUCCAAUCUGGACAAGAACGAGUUAGCUUUGGAAAGAAGAAACAGACUGCAAAUGUUGCCCAACCACUUAUUGGAGGAACUAGCUAUGGAUGUCUACGAUGAAGUAGACCGUCGAGAAACAGAAACAAUUUGGUUCUCGACUGCAUCCCUCCCGGAGAAGUGUACCGUACCAUUCCUGCCGGUUAAUCCGCAACUGUCGUCCACUAGGAACCAAGGAAGGCAGAAAUUGGCGAGAUUUACGCCGAAGGAAUUCACCACUCUCAUCAUCGAUUUACUGGUGGAGGCGGGCCGAAGGCAUAUGCUUUCCAACAACGCAAUUCAGAAUCCUGCGGUGUCUAUGCUUCGGAAGGAGCAACUCGGUAAACACGGAUCACAGGUGUCCGAUGACGAGCCCUUGUACGAUAGCGUUGCGUCUGACGACGAUUACGCUUUGACAUCCACCGACAACACAUCGUCCGAUGUCUCCAGUCAGCCCAAAGUCGACAACGAAGUUAACAAGGAAGCAUUUGAACCGAUGGCCAAAGGUCUACCGUCUAUGGUGGAGGUACUGAAGAAACAAUUGACCCUGUCCGAAUCAACCGUACGAGAUCUGCGCGAACAAGUGCAUACGUUACAGACUACUGUCGAGCAGCUCACUCAAGAGAACAGCGAAUUGAAACAUAUGCUACAAGUAAAAAACUCCGGCGAUGGCAGCAUAAACGGACACGUCGGCGGUGAACAAGAGCCAGAACUAGAGCCAGUGCACGACAUCAAGACGUCUACUAUACGGGGUAAUCAGCGACCGGCAUCAAUGUACGAGACGAGAGAAGGCUUACGGAAACCAACUUCGUGGUCGACCACCAUUUGCCAAACGAAACGCGACGCGGAAACGUUGUCACGGAACAACACGCAGAGCCUGUGGGAAUGCGGCGCUCCUAAUCUGCCGCCCAGCGAGGAAGUGACACGACGAACGGAACAAGUUACCAGGAGAAUUCAAGAGCUGUGGUUAGCCAUGCAAGAUCCUAGCCAGCGAGAAGCUUUUGUCCCUUGCGCGGAAAGAAUACGCGUCGCCGUUGCCGAGUUGACUGCCAUAUUUCCUCAGAAUCCUAUAGAAGAAAACAUCAGAUCUGCUUUACGCCAAUUGAACGGUAACACCGGUAGACUUCAGGCGGAAUGUUCGGGCCUUCAGAGAUGCACGAGUGAUGCCGAGCACAUGGACCGUUGUCUACAGCAAGUACGUUCAUGCGCUUACGAUAUUGCCAAAGCAACCAAGACUCUUGUCACGCAAUUUCAAACAUUGUAAAUCCCAGGCUUCCCCGACGUUGUACAGGAAUAGUAUCAAAUAUGUAUGCGCAAUUAUUUCGAUAUAUAUGUCUUUAACAUUUAAUUUAAUUGUAAAUACUCUUGUAUAGUGCAUCAAGUUUACUAGGAUUAUCUUCCUCUCAAAUCUUGACCACACGUAUUAUUAUAUACACACACACAUAUAUAUAUAUGUUCAUUUCAUGAUAGAGUAGCUUCUCCUAUUUUGUUUUUCUUCUUUUUUAUGUUGUCAAAUUUUACAUAAGUACGAAGUAGAAUCCCUUCUAAUCUAUUAUAAUUAUAUUAUUUUACUAGAUUACUAGAUUAGGUUACUAAAAAAUUAUACACUUCACAUUAUUUAAAUAUGUUUCAUUGCACGAUCUAAUACAAGACAUGACACUGUUGAAUAUAGAUUUUAUAUUGCGUAUCAUCUCAUUAACGUUUGUAAAAGACUGAAUAGCGGCAAACCAAUGAACGUCUACGCGUAUAUGCAGUUUAAGUUUGUAGAUUUUCUUUAACUUGUAUACAUAUAUACAUGCACAAGACAAGAUUUUGUGUAAGAGAAAUAAAAAAAGAUGUAUCGUUUACGUAUAUAUCAGAGUAGAAAUCCAUCCUUUGGUGGGACGAUGUAAUGAUAAAUAUUGUUUUUACUUAAUUUUUUUUAUAUGUGUAUAUAUAAAAGAUAGAAAUAGAAAUAUAAGGAUAAAACAGUUUGCCUCUAGAUAACGUAGCUGUCUCCCUUAAAUAUUUUAAUACUUUUAUCGUACUGUACAUACAUGAUAAGGAUAAGAGACAUAUGCAGUCCGUAUUGUAUGUGUUAUUAACCAUAAAAAAAGUUCAACAAUACAAUCGUAUUGUAUCAGCAAUUUUUCAUCUAAAAUAACGGAUGUGAAACAUUUAAAAACACUUUUUAUAAUUUAUUAUAUAAAAUAUCUCUGAUCUGCUUGUUAAAUUAUGUUAAUUCAGCCGUACCACAAUCACACAAAACUGGGACUUUUUUAUAAUUCUCUUAUAUUUUAUCAUUAGAAUGUGUGUAUGUAUUUGUAUGUAUGUAUGUAUGUGCGUGCGUGCGUGCAUGCAUGUGGUAUGGGUCACUUAAUUUUAGAAGCCUAAAUAUAUAAAAAAUAAAACAAAGGCCUCAAAGGAACAUUUCUUUCUAUUCUGCUUGAUUUGUUAUAUAUUUAAGUGUCUAAGAUUAAGUGACUCAUUCUGUAUAUACAUAAUAGAAAACAAUAAUGAACAUUCAAGAGACAGAUCUAUUAUUUUGUUGCAUUACUUUUCAGUUUUUUAUGUCAUUAUUUGAAUUUAAGUUAUAUACGACUUUAAUAUAUUUUUUUGUAUUUCUAAUUUUUUAUAAUUUCUUGACAUUAUUGUCAUGUGUAUCACUAUUGGGAACAAUAUAAGUGCAAUAUUAUUAGUAAAUUAUUAUUUAUCUCAAACGUGAAAAUGGUCACGCUUAUUAAACAAAAUGCCAUUUAUAUAUCACUUUUUAAAAAUUUGUGCAAUUAGUAAUAUAAUUAUGAGUAGGAUAAUGUGACAAUAUCUGUGUAUAUUUUCAUUAUUAAAAUUAUAUAUUAAAAAUAUUGUAAUUAAAUAUAUAUGUAACAGCCAUAUAUCAUUUAAACGAAAAGAUAUAUAUGUUCUUGUCGUAAAAAUAUAUUAAUAACAUUAUACAGUAACAGUAAUACAUUUGUAACACGUAAU